AAAAGGCUGUAAUAGAAUCAUAAUGAGGAAUCCCUCUGUAGCCGGCAUUGGAAUAUAUAUUCACACACAGGUCGUAUUAUUCAUGUUCUUGCCAACUGAAGACGCCGACCGAGUGCGCGGCCACUGUCCCAGAAAUUAAACAACAAUCGACUCCAUUAAUCCUUCAUUUCUCGAUCUCCUUCACCAAUUCAAUAAAAACAUCAAUGGCGAUCGUUUCUUGCAAACUCCUCCCACCCUUACUAUUACCCCUGCUUCUUCUGGCAGCACUUUCAGAGGAGGCAGCAAUAAAGACGUCGUCUGUAUUCGAUGUCCAGUCUUCCAUUCAGAAAACGCUCAACGUUUUCUCUCCCGAUUCUCAGAAGGUUGCAGAGGAAUCCCAUGGAGAUGAUGAUCCUCAGAGACACCCCUCAUCUUCAUCUUUUUCAGCAUUAUACUCCUUUCCAUUGCAUUCUCGGUUGGCAUUCAAGCGGCCCAGGGAGAGUGAUUACGAGUCGCUCAUGAAAGCUCGACUCAAGCGGGACUCGGCCCGAGUUCAAUCGCUGCAGGCGCGUCUAGAUCUGGCGGUCAACGGGGGGGAAAUGGCGGAGAUACAGGAGGACGAGGCGGCGGCAGUGACAAUCUCGUUUGAUCCGACUACGCACGAGUACUUAGCCAAACUUCAAAUCGGUAGUCCGCCGCAGGAUGUUUUAAUGGCGGUGGACACGGGGAGUGAACUUAGCUGGAUGCAAUGCCACCAAGGCUCGGUUUUCGACCCGAGCAGUUCUACCACUUACGUCCCUGUCCAAUGCAAUGCCCCACUGUGUAAAUCCUUGGAGAAACAAAACUGCGACGGAGGCACGUGUGGCUACCAGUUGACGUACGGAGAUGGAUCGGGAACCUCCGGCAAACUGGCGACGGAAACGGUACACUACGGCGGAAAUCAGCAGUUGCAAAACAUGACCCUUGGCUGCGGAGGCGACACCGAAGGUCCGUUUGCCAGAUCCAGCGGAGUGAUGGGCCUCGGCCGGGGCGCUUUGUCAUUUACUUCCCAAAUAAAUGCCUCUUCCUUGUCUUACUGUCUAGUUGACCCGGAUUCUACAUCCGGGUCGACUCUCGAGUUCAAUAUCCGGAUCCCAGACAAAUCUAUCCGUGCUCCACUACUCCCUAACCCGACACCGAACACCGGUUACUUUUAUGCCAACUUGACUGGGAUUAGCGUCGGCAACAAGAAUGUGAUCGCGGUGAGCGGCGGGGCUGUUGUCGACACCGGAACCGUACUGACCAGGUUUCAAAGGGAUGUGUACAUCUCCCUCCAGAAUGACUUCAUAGUCUCGAUGAUGCAGAACGGGAUGGGGGACAGGAAAGUAGGCGGCUCACCGCCAUUCGACACGUGUUACAAUAUGAUGGAUUUGUCGAAAGCAAAUGUCUCAACGGUGUUCUUCCACUUUUCAAAUGGGAAUAGGCUACCGUUGCCACCAGAGAAUUUUCUGGUGGCAGUCGACUCGCAAGGGACGCAUUGCUUCGCCUUUGCUAUCUCACCCGGUUCAAUGUCAAUCAUCGGGAAUGUGCAGCAACGCGGGAUGCGCGUCACUUACGACCUUGACAGCUCCCAAAUUUGUUUCACUGCUGAUAAUUGUUAGCUUAGCUAGAGCCACACUAUCAAUUUGUUUCCCAUAGCUGUAGUUGUGCUUACGUUAAAGCGCAUUUUCAUGAGAACCCGGACAUUUAUCCAACCCCAUCAGUGUUCUUGAAGAGGCACACCCAUACACAUACUUUUUUGAAAAUGAUGUUUAAUGUAAGAAAUGCAUAACCUUCACUUUUGGGUCCAAGCUAAGCUACUGAGUAGAAAUGCAUAACCUUCACUUGAUGUUUUGGUACUGAGUAGAAGUUUAUUUUUAUUUUGAA